UGAUAACUGUUACCAGAGACACUAAAAUAUAAUUAAAUACUCUCUGCUGUUACUGUGGUGUUCACUGUCAUUGUUCAAUGUUCACUGUUCACUUUUUCACGACCCCAACAUUUCGCAGGCCGAUUAUCACUGCAAGAUUUGAUGAUUAGGCCUAGGCCUAUGUGAUGAUAAAGUACUGUGAAGGACUUUGGCUCAGCUUGUAAGCCUUGUACUGAAGUGAAGUACUGGCAACUGAACAGGCCUAGUCUAGAUCUAGAUCUAGAUUAUAGAUCUAGAUUUAAUCUAGAUCUAGGUCUAGAUCUAGAAUCUAGAUUCUAGGUCUACUUUUAUAAAUCUAAUAAAAGGGAAUGCCGAAUGGUCUCGUUUUUGUCCUACGCCGACCGGAUUUGUCAAUUUUUCGGGACUCUCGGCGAACGGCGCGGAGUAUUUUAAUUUUGGGGCUUAGUCAGUGCAGCUUUCUAACCUCUAGUGUUGGCUGUUGACAGUGUUUAUUUCAAAGUUUAGUAUCCAGUUUCAUGAAAAGUCUACUUUUUACCUCUCGGUUGUUCCACCGAGCUUGGAUACCAUCUCACUUUAGCCACGUAGCAGCUAUGGAAAAGCUAAAGUUACAAGUUUCUGCUACUAAUGCACUGAUAGAUGACAAAGUGAGGAUUGUGGUAUCUGGACUCAAAGAAGAGCAAGAGAUUACUCUUCAGACUUUCACAAAGGACGAUGCUUACACUUAUGGUGCUUUGGGUCAUUACAGAGCUGAUUCACGUGGCUUGGUGGACACUUUUGUAAGUCACUGCCAUGGAGGAACUUUCACAGGUGUUGAGCCUAUGGGGCUGUUUUGGAGCAUGAAGACCCUGAACUCUGAUAGUCCAGGGAGAAUGCUGAGACAGGCUAAAUUAGACAGCCCCUACUGUGUGUCAGUUGCACUUAACCAUGGUUUUCAAAAGUUUCAAGAUAUUCAGUGGUCUACUGAACUAAGUGGAAUAGACACUUGCCAAAUUCACAGACAUUAUGUUGCCCAGAAUGUGAGACGAAUUCCUAUCGAAGAAAAUGGUAUCUUUGGAACUCUGUUUUUGCCCCCUGGUGAUGGUCCUUUCCCUACUGUGGUGGAUACUUUUGGUAUUGGGCUUUUCAUGGAAAAUCGCUCUGCUUUAUUAGCUUCCCGUGGUUUUGCAAGUUUCGCUUUGGCCCAUUCAAAUUAUAAAGGCCUUCCAAAAGAUGAAAAAAGUGUGGACUUUAACUAUUUCCUUAAAGCCUUUGACUGGUUGCUGACUCAGCCGUUUGUAAAUCCUGAUGCUGUUGGCUGUGUGGCCAACUGUUCCGGUGCUGGGUACUUUAGUCUCCUCGCCUCCAGGCGUCCGCAGGUAAAGUGCAUGGUACUGAUCAACAGUGUAUGGUUUCCAAUUGGCCACGACCAGGAGGUGGAGGGAGAGAUGGUCAACUCCAUCCUGUUCCUCAUCCAUCGCUUCCGCCUGGUAAAGCCGAGCUUCCUGUCCUUCAGGGAAAUGUUUCAUCCUUCAGACAAUGUGACACUUUCAGAGGGUUGGCGUCAUGGUGCUAAAAUCUUGUACCUCCGAGGUGACAAUGAUGAAUGCAUCGACCCCAAGUAUGCAGCUUUUCAUGAGGCAAAGAUCCCUGCUCAGUUCCGGAACAAUUUGACUUUUGUGAACUACCCUGGUGCUGGUCACAUGCUGGACCCUCCCUACACACCCGUGUAUACACAUGAUCCAGCCGGACUUUUUGGUUUGCACAUGUAUUGGGGAGGCCAACCCAAACCACAUGCAGAUGCCCAAGAAGACGCCUGGAGGCGGUUGCUUUCAUUUUUGGAGACUCAUUUAUGCAAAACAUCCCCUAGUGUGCAACUGAAUUCACAAUUGUGAACCGGAUGAUGUAAUGUAAAUAAGAGAGCUAUUGAUUCAUAAAUUUGGGAAAAGGCAGCUAAGCAAAAUUUCUGAUAUGCUCAAGCAAGCCACGAGGAGGUAUCUAACCUUAGGGUGUUGACGGUGUGGAUGUAAUUUUUUAUGGAAUCAGUUGUUUUGUUUUUGUUUUAGUAAGUGUUUUACAGUACUUGCAACACAAUUAGGUCACAUAAGUAUGGAAGAUUAGAGGUGUUACAACAGA